AUGUUGCUGGCGAUGGCGGACUUCUUUGGCCGGCUUCGUCCUCUAGCCGGUAUCCCUCGCAUAUUUGCCACAUUGCCCGGGGGAGGACAAUGCGCGUCGCUUCUGGGGUACGCCCUAGCUUCUGAAGAACACAUAGUAGACAUUAGCACUAAAGCGCUCGCUUUCUAUUGUGGAACUCGGGAGAAGGAUGCUCACACAAUUAUUGAUCUAGCAAUGUACAACUACGAAGAGCUAAAAGAUCUCGUCAACCACCGCUCUUAUAAACUACGAAAAAAACUCGAUCUGAUCUUGAACCGAUUGUUCCGGGAGAAAUGGCUUCCUCUGUAUUCUAUGGUCACAUUUACUCGAAUGCCAUAUCAUCAAGUAGUCCAGGAGCGACGGCGACAGGACAAGGUCAUGUCGGUGUUGCGGAAUUCCAUGCUGACCAUAACAGCAGCUGGUGUUAUUAUGGGUCUAUACUGUGCACAGAGAAAAAGAUUAUUCUAG